AUGGGUAGAAGGCCAGCCAGAUGUUAUAGAUAUUGCAAAAACAAACCAUACCCAAAGUCCCGCUUCUGUAGAGGUGUGCCAGACCCCAAGAUAAGGAUCUAUGACAUGGGUUUGAAAGGAGCAGAUGUAGACGAUUUCCCAUGCGCAGUCCAUAUCGUAUCGGGUGAAUACGAACAAAUCUCAUCAGAAGCUCUAGAGGCCGCCAGGAUCUGUGCAAACAAGUUCAUGGUGAAGUCUGGUGGUAAGGAAUCGUUCCAUAUCAGAGUUAGAGUACACCCGUUCCACGUUCUGCGUAUAAACAAAAUGCUUUCGUGCGCAGGAGCGGAUCGCCUGCAAACGGGAAUGCGCAGAGCAUUUGGAAAGCCAACUGGUGUCGUGGCUAGAGUUAACAUUGGACAAGUUUUAAUGUCAAUUAGAACAAGGGAACACUUGGUACCUAAAGCAAUAGAAGCCCUGAGAAGAGCAAAGUACAAGUUCCCAGGAAGACAAAAAAUCUUCGUUUCUAACAAGUGGGGAUUCACUCCAUUUACAAAGGAAGAAUACUUGAAGUAUCAAUCGGAGGGAAGACUCGAAAACAAAGGAGUUCAUGUCAAGUGGAUCUCGUCCCACGGACCCUUGACAAAGAUAUUCCCUAACGCAGAUUCUGUUUCAGUGCCUCUUGAUUCAUAA